CACGGACGCACACGCAAGAAUAUUUAUCAUGAACUCGACGAAACAGGACUCCGUUUGCUCUUUUUUCCAGUUUCUCGACCUCCAUGCAUGCCUGCCCGACGGGCCCUCCUCUAUCGCAUUCGAAAGGAGAAGUGGCCUUCGUUCGCCCAUCUUAUUUCACCCUGCAUAAAGUAAGAGCUCACGUGCAAGAAGUUUCCCCUUACGUACAGAUAAGUUCGGCAAGGAGAUUCGGCUCGAAAUUUGUCGAUCCCGCAGUCUUUUUCGACCCAACCCCGAUCUACCCAGCUGCCCUCCGAUCGCGACCGGCUGCCUAGGCCUGCCUGCCUGAGCUACCAUGCGCGGGCCUCUGGCACCGAAGAGGGCCUCGGCCUCUAAGUCCACGCCUCGCGUCAAGAUGCACCAGCCGCGCCGGUUGUUGUAUGUUCUACUGCUGGUCGCGCAGCGAACGGCCUUCAGCAAGGCGGUCACGCAGUUCUCCUACUGUCCCUCGGUGGACAAGAACUCGCCCAAUGGGCUCGCCUGCCAGCGGUGUUUGUACGACGAAUUUUGCCCCCCGUCCGCGCCGACCUGCCACCACAUCCACAAGGUGUGCUACGAUUCGACCGUGCCCUUCCAGUGCAACGUGAACGCGACGAUCAGCGACAUGUCGACUUCGGCGAGCUGCGAGGGAAUCUGCAACCCGACCUACCCGCCCUUCUUCUGCCCCAACGCCUGUUUGAACGAGGAUUUCCCCUGCAAGUGGGUCCCCAACUGCAACCCGAACAGCGAGACGCACAUGGCCUGCCUGCAGGGCUGCGAGGAUAUCCCAAAGGGCAAAAAGCUAGCGCAUCGUAUUUCAUCUAAGCUGUAAAAAUGAAUCAAAAUCGGUCAUGGGCGACCCCACAGCAUCCAGGUAAUAUUGGAGAAAAUUUUGGCGUGUGCAGCUUCUUGAUCUACAAAUGCGCUAGCAUUUUGUUUCGGGAUAGGGGACCACAGCUCGAUCCUGCCGUCGCGCCUUUCUCUGUGCAGCAACUGCGCGCAGUGCAAGGCGGUGUACACCUGCAACCACCCGGACGUGCGUAACUACUGCCCGGUCACCUGCAAGACGCAGGAGUGCAGCGCGCGGUGCGGCCGCGACGAGCAGGGCGGCAAGGAGCACGGGAUGGCGGUCAAGCAAUGCUAUCCGCCUGUGUAAACGCUUUGGAUUCCCGAGGAGACCCGAUAAGUUCAAAGCAUGUGAAGACUUCCGUCCUACGAGGCGAGAAGUAGUUUCAACAGGUUUUGCAACACAAAACUCGUAGGUCGCUCCGGCCAACGUGCUGUACUCUCCCUUAGAUCUUGGAUUUUACAUAAUUGCAGUAGUAUUUUUGCGAAGCCACGCAUGACAAUAAAUGGGGGCCUGAAAUGAAAGUAGACCACUCAUCUCUCAUGCUGAUCAGAGAGAACUUGACGGUAAAAUGUAGAGGCUUCCAACAUGGUGAGGUGCAUAAAAAAUGUUUCUUCCACAGUAUUAAAGCGUGGAGGACCGAGUCCAGUAUUUUUGCUUUUCCGGUUACUGCUCAGCUUCGGGUGGUCUUCUGGGGAACAAUCGAUCGUUUUUGCACACCAUAGCUGCUGGGAGUUUAUCAUCAACGACGGAAAAAGCUGCAACGAGAUGAUCAAGCGUGGGUACGACUGCCACUGCUCUUGCGGCGACCACUACGCCAUGCACCGGCCCUACGCCUUCCCGGCGUCAACGAGCCGGAGUCUACCCAAGCCGGCGUUUUUCGUGGGCCGCGACCACGGCGGGGUGGACCUCGGGCUGAACGUGACCAUGACCGCGGGGCAGUACUUCCGGAUCCAGGUGUCCGGCGUGGGGCUCGCGUCCGCCACGGGCGGGCAGACGGCGAAGAUCCGGAUUCUGCAGUACCAAACCGCGAACAUGGGGUGCGCCGAACCGCCCGCGCCGCACAUGAUGGGCAUGGAUGACACGAAGACGCCCUUCGCCGCCUCCACCUUCUACAACGCGUGGGACAAUGUGAAGAUCGACGGCUGCGUAUCAUUUGGAAAAACGUCCCCACCCCAGAGUUGUCAUGCUAAUCUGCAUGCUGAAAAUAUUUCUCAUGCGGAGCCCCAUGAGGGGCAUUCUCUAGUCGCGUUUCGGAAUUCAGCAUGAUGCGCUAGAUCUGUGAUGCUGCUAAACUAGCUAAGCAGGACUACACUACGAGGCCAAACUUGUCAUGCAUAACUCCCAAGCCUUGGAGAUUUGUGUUGCAAAUUUCCCAAUUUGACUAUGGGGUGGAGACGUUUUUACCCAUGAUACUGCGGCUCCUUCAAGGUCUGCCACUGCAACGGCGGGUGCCUGGUGCAGUCCGACUGGAACCACGUGGGCACGCUGAACAUCGUCAGCCCGGCCGCCACGGUGCUCCCGGCGAGCGGCUUCGUGCGGCCGCUGCCGAACUGCCCCUCCGUCGUGGACCACUACAUGCCCUACCUCCCGCGCAACACGCCAGACAUCGACGAGCGGGCUAUGAACGCGGAGGAGGAUACGGAGAAAGUGUCGCAGUUGCGCGUCGUGUUCCUGUUGCGCAACUGGCAGCAGUCGCUGUUCGACUCCACCUGGGAGCGCACGCUGAAAAAGGUGCUGGCGCUGGAGCUACGGUCCUUCAACCCGCUUCUGAACGAGUGGAUUCCGAACGAGGCGGAAAACGAUAUCGUCAUCACGACCAGCGGCACCAGAAGUCCCUUCUGGAGCGGGCGGCAGUUGGGGGAAGUAGGACCGGAAGAGAAGAUUGAGACCAUCGAGAUCGCCGCGCCGGUCAUUUUCGAUCGCAGUGAAUUGAUGACACAACAAGAAGCGGAAGAACAAAGAGGAGGAAAAAAUAGCAGAAGUACACCUAGAGAAGAAAGCAAAAACAGUAACGCGGCCCUCGCAGUAGACCCGCUCGCGAAUGCCGGACUUCUGUACCACGACCCGAAGCGGCACAUUGCGCGCCAGCGCGCGCUGAAAGAAGCCGAAGAGGCUUCGCUUCUUGCACAGAACAGCCGCAAUUCCGCUGGAGAAAACAGCAGAAUAGGCACUUGGUUCACCCCCUGGCGGCGGUUUCUCACGCGGCUAUUCGCGGGAAGCCCAGCCUCCUACGAAGCUAACAAAAGAAAGUUCUUGAGGAAAACCAAACCGGAAGAAAUAACAAAUAACGGGAAGACUGCUUCUACCACAGAUAGUAAUAGUCACGACAUGGUGCAGCCGUCGGGCAGCAACACAGCGAUAGAGGAAGCCAGCGCUGUCCAUAAACAGCAGUCACCUGGCCAUAGAGAUAACAAAAAUCCAACAGCAGGAACACCCGGUGCGGAGAACAUCAAGCGGAAACUGACGAUUAUCGCCUGCGAGGACGACGACACCGCAUUUCACAGCAUUAUGGGGGAUCCCCUGACCAGCUGCCACUUCGCCGCCACGAUGUUCGGCCUCGCCGCCGUGUGCACCGGCAAGGGCACCGACCUGGAGCGCGCGCGCGCCGCGGGGUGCCAGGGAACCUGCAUAUUGAGAGGAAAAACCCCCCCUCCCCAUAUCAAAACGAAGUUUCUGAUGCUGGAUUUGCGUACUCAAAUCAGAUCUGUCUUGCUGGCGAGGACUGCGGGCUCCUGCCAAGCCUGAGUAGAGAGCUUUUGGCCUAGGCGCUUAGCAUGAGAAACGUCUAUGUUGUAGGCCCAACAGCAUGACAAACCGCCUGCAUAGUGCGGCAGAGCCUGCGGAGUUGUCUUCUUGCAAUACAGACGUGAUUUGCGACCUCAAAUAAGCAACACAAAUAUUCGGAAACAUGCCUUUUCGAUAUGGGGAGGGGGAAUUUUCCUCACAAUACUGCAUCGACUACAUUUGCAACGUGAACGUGAACAACGCCAACGCCGGCGGCACGACCAGUACCACCGUGACCACGCAGAACGUGAACACGUUUCUGCCGGCCGGGGAGUACCUCUACGGCUACGUGAAGAUCCGCACCGAGAAGUCCAAGGAGCAGUUGAAGCAGAAAGCCGACCUGAUGCGGCAGGACCGGGUCAAACUGCAGGCCACCGCCUACCACUUCGCGAAGGAAUCGCUGGUGACCAACUGGCCCGAUCACAUGUGGGUCGAGAUUACGGAGGAGCCGACCGUCACUAACCAACCGCCCGCGAGUACGGAGGCGGAGGACGAGGAGUUUACCAGCAGUGGGCUGUUUGUCGCCCUGCUUUGCGUGUUGGCGGUCGGGCUGGUGGUGGGGGGUGCGAUGUGCUUCUGCAAACGCCAAGCGCAGUUUCAAGACCGGGAGGAGGAAGAUCCCAUGAUUGCUAAGGCGAAAAAGAUCGCACUGUAUAAAUGACUGGGUCAUAAUUUUUGAUGCUUUCAUCAUUUUGUUUUCUGUAUCUCUGUUCGUGCGCACUAACUUUGACGAUCACCUAGCAACUGCCUGCAUUCGUGAAGUAGAUAAUCACGUAGCAACAGGUGUUGAGAUAAUGGAUUAAGUGCCCCAAAACUUCAUAUUUCCAACUCCAGGGUGCUCCUGUUUCCGCUCGCCGGCCUGGGCUUCGUUGCGGUGAAAGGGUUCGAGAAGGUGAAGGCGUACUGCAAGGGGCCGCCCGAGUCCGAGGACGAGCAGGACUUGUGGGAGCCCCCCGAGGGGUUUCAGGCGUACGCCGGGGCGGAAGUGGUGCUGAAAAACCUGACGAAACUGGAGUACAACGGCCUGAAGGGAAAAUUGAUGAAAUACGUCGAGGACAAGGAAAGAUGGCUCGUCGACGUGGUCGUGUUCCAAAGCACGGUGGAGGAGGAGCACAAGGAGCUGUCGCUGAAACCGGAAAACUUCCGCGUUCUGAAACCCCAGCACGGGCGGCAGAACCUCGCGCGCGCCAAGGGCCGGUGGAAGGGCGGCCUCGGCAUACUCGGCGUGGGCGGGACAAAAACGGCGCCAGCGCAGGACGAGGGCCUCUUCGAGGAACUCAACCUACCGGAUUCACCAGAAAAAGUACAGGUUUUUUUUUGCAUAACUGCUGAUGACGCGAGAGACCGAGGCUUUUUAUUGGGGCUGUGGAUGUCUAGAGGGACAGAUUGUCGUCCUGGAGCAUAUUUUUAUCACCACAUCGUUCAUCCAGCAGUUCUACUUGAAGAAUUGUUGCCUCGUUCAGAUUGAAUCAGAAAAAACGGGGCUGUAAAAAUGUUGGGUUUUAAGUUUAAGAAUUAAUUAAUUCGUCCCCGGCUUGUGUGUGUCGGGGCCGGCGUCUCCAUGUGGUGUCGGAGCGGAUUCGGAGAGGCGCGGCGCAGAUGUGGAUUCUCGGCGACAGGCGACGGCGGCGGGACGGAAAAUGUUUGAUAUACAUGGCCGGGGAGUUUAAUUUUCAUGGCCACAGGGGAGGACGGCGCGGGCAAUUUUGGGCCACACAUGAGGGCAGUGGCCGCUCACUUUAUCCAAUACACACACGGACCAGGGCAUUAUUUACCUGGACACAGGUUAUCGGGGAGUUAAUUAAUUUUCUUAGAAACUUAGUUUCUAAGUUAAUUAAUUAAUUCGGGGGUCCUCUGUGUUCAGCUUCAGGACGAGCACUGGCAGCUUCGGCGCCCAUUUUUAGCGCGCCCGGCACAGUGACGCGGCGCGUUUUCGUGUGGCCGAGCCGCGCCCAAAAGCCAACGCGUACGGCUGCGAGUUUUGCGCGCGCGCGCAGAUUUUUGUGUGCGUGAGCACGGGCGCAGAAGUUUACGUCUUUCGCGCGCGUGCGCGCACCCACCUGCGGUCUUUAUCUUCAUGCCCUGUGCGCGCACACAGUAAUGCACGCGCGGAGACAUCCUCAUGUCCUGUGCGCGCACGCAAUCGCGCGCGCGCGCACGCACGCAGCCUCGUGCCCUGUGCGCGCGCGCAAUCUCAUUCGUGCGCGCGCGCAUGCAGACAUCCACAUGCCCCGCGCGCGCGCAGCCGUCAACGUGUCCUGUGCACAAAGCGCGCGCGCGCAACCAUCCUCAUGCCCCCCGGGCGCGCAGACAUCUUCCUGUCCCGCGCGCGCUCGCUGGCGGUGGGCUCGCGCGCGCGCAGACGCGCAAGAGGUUGGGGCCGCACACGCAGGGCGAAUAGCCCGCGCGCACACAUAGGAGGUCGAGCCUGUGUGCGCGCGCGCUGAGAAGGCGGGCUGGCGCGCGCUCGCAGGAUGCCUCUGGGCUGCCGUGGGCGAAUGUGCACGGCAGGAAUAGAACGAGGUGGCCGCAUCGGCCCAAUGCAAUGCAAAUCACGGCGGCGCGUGGCAUUUUUGGAAUUACUUUGUAAAGGGCGGGCCUUUGUAGCUUUCACGCACAAACGUGCUUUUCACUUUACUGCGCGCAGGUCAAUCGCCCGCGCGCCCGCGCGGGCGUAGUGGCCACAAGCUGGGUAUGCAAACAACGCCAAGAGGCUAGACUGGCUUUUCACACACACAGUCCCGGAAUUAAUUAAUUAACUUAGAAUCUAAGUUUCUAAGUUAAUUAAUUAAUUCCCGGAGUGUGUGUAUGAGGAAAAAACUAACUCCGUUCAUCAUGUCUGUCAGCAAAUAAUUGCACGACGGAUCUUGUGUGGGUGUCUGUCUCUGAGUCACCUGUGUGUCUGUAUCGUGCCACCCCUUGUUUUAUCGAAAAUUAAUUCGUCAGUGCGAAAACAUGUGUGGCAAAAAAAAUAAAUGCGCAGGCAUCCUGUAUGACGAAGUUUUCAAUACUAAUAAUCAAAUAUCAAAAAGCUUACCAGGUCUUGGGACUUUCGCCGGCCCCGACACACACAAGCCGGGGACGAAUUAAUUAAUUCUUAAACUUAAAACCCAAUAUUUUUACAGUAUCGAAAAAACGAAAUAAAUCUGAUUUCAGGUGGACCACGCGGAUAUGACAGCGAAGACGAUAGAUAUCACCAAGCAGCGGGUUUUCAAGCCGUCCCAGCCGGCCGGCCGAUUGCCAAUUCGGCCGCGGGAGCCCGAAACGAGCAACCAGGUGGUCGCCGUGGAGAAAAAAUCCAUGUUCAGCAGCUUUGGCGGGAUGUUUGGCGGGGGAGGCGCUAGCAAAACAAGUGCGACGUCGAACCAGGCUGCCAUCGCCGGGAACAGCAACAACAAUCGCCAGCUCGUGCAGGCACAGUACGGUGUGAAAAGCUACCGGCGCCCCAAGUGAGGCAAUUGCUGAAUUACAGCCCACUUUUUCUACUUGUGUGUUGUGCUCUCGCUGGCUGGCGUUUGCGGACAAGUGGGAAGGAAGCCAGGUGCGGUUUUGGAGAUUCGGCCCCGGAACAAAGUUCUUGCUGUUGAUGCAAUGCCUGCAAUAGGUACUGCAGCAGAAAAAAAGAUUGCCAGAAAGUAGACGGCUUGAGGUGUAAAAACCGCAGUCGGAGUCCCCGUACUUUGAUGUCUGUGCUGUGGUCCGCCUCUUGUCAGGUCCUCGUAUUCAGCGGAAAUUCUGAUAAUUUCCAGUGGCACAACACGCUGCAGAACCGCUUGGCGGCUACGUGCUGCAGGAGAGUCAUUUGGGGAUGUUCAUCCAUGCUGCACUAAUAUGGUGAAGCACCAUAUUGACGACCGAGCCUGCUCGUUUCUUCGUUGCUUUGGAUUCAGCUCUUGCGGAUGAUUUCUUGAACUCAGAUGGGCCUCCGUUUACUCCGGACUGCCUCACGUCGGUGAUUACAGCCCUGUCAGUCAGCUGUCAAAGGCAUACUGGUUGUGGUGGUUCUUCUCGGUGUUGGGUGCAUUUUGUUCUUUAGCGUAGAAGGCCCGUUUCAGUUUGUGCAGGCAGUCAUAAUUGGUUCCUCUGAAC